AGUAGCAGCAGUAGACUCCUGCACCCACAACAAGCUUCAAUCAACCACCACAACCUGCUCCUCCCACAACCCACCUGCAUUCCCCUCUAAAACACACUUGCACUACCACAGAGCACACCUUUAUCGCCCACAACAACGCAGGUUCCGAAGGAGACACAGCUGGACGAGCAGUAAGCUGUUCACCGUCAUCUUUCCACUGUCACCUGACUACCUUUACCUAUCUACCUUCAGCUGUCCACCGUCACCUGUCCACCUUCAGCUGGGCAGCGUCUUCAACAUGACCAACCCGCUGCUGCUGGAAUCGACUUUGGUGGCGUGGGUGACGGCGCUGCUCUGUCACCCAGGUCCUCGCCCAACGUGGCUGUGAUCCGAUUUGCCAAGUGGACACUAUGGUAACGGAUGCUUACGACUGUACUCGGUAUUACAUCUGUAUAGACAAUAAUGAAGCAGUCAAUGUGCUUUGUCCGCCUCUUACAUCCUUCGUACCAGCCAGUGCCACAGCAGAUGCAGGCUGUACUGGUACCCUACCAUGUAACAAUGAUUGCACGCUACCAACUUGCAACACACAAUGCAUCACAGAACCGGACUCGUUUAAUGACCCAAAGGACUGCAGCAUCUAUUACAUUUGCAUGGGCGGUAGCCCUCAGGGGCCCUUCGAAUGUCCCGCAAACGCUCCUUAUUAUAACAGCGAUAAAGAGGUCUGCGGUACGACACCAUCCGGCUGCUGUAGGGACCCGUGUGCUGCUUUUUGCAUGAAUGGGAAAUUUUUUACUCAAGACCCCUACGAUUGUCACAAGUUCUACCAAUGCUUCACCGCAGGACCAGCUGACGAGACGAAUCACGGAACAUGCCCUAUAGGAUACAGCUUUGACGAUACAAUAAGUAAAUGUGUAGUCGGUGACGUUUGUGACACACUGUGUGAUGCUUCCCAGCCAAUCACAACAACGGCCACUCCUGAGUGCAAGGAUUCAAUGACGUGUACGUCAGUGGGCUUCUUCCCCAAGUGUACGUCGUGUGACCAGCACUACUUUGAGUGUGAGUACGUCAACCAGAUAGCCACCGUUAAUACCUGUGAAGGAGACAAAGUUUUUAACCCGGACCCCGCCUACCCUCACUGUAUCUCUCCCACUGCAUGCCCUUUCAACCCAUCGUUCAGAGCCCCCGAACCCCGCUCUAAGACCACCACGCACCUACAUGAACUACCAACAAUCUACCUUGGCUGCUAGGAACUUCAACCACGAUGCCGAGAAUACCAACAUGGUACCGAGAAUACCUGGGACAUAAACCACACUAUCGAUACCAUAUCUACUUAUAUCCACUACCAGGGACACCAACAACCUUCGGGAACUACUACCCACCUACCUGCACUACCAGGGACACCAACCAUCCUCCAGGAACUACCCCCCCCCCCCCCCUACCUGCACUACCAGAGGCACCAACCAUCCUCAAGGAACUACCAUCCCCCCUAUCUGCACUACCAAAGACACCAACCAUUCUCCAGGAACUACCACCCACCUACCUGCACUACCAGGGACACCAACCAUCCUCCAGGAACUACCACCCACCUACCUGCAUUACCAGGGACCAACCAUCCUCCAGGAACUACCACCCACCUACCUGCACUACCAGGGACACCAACCAUCCUCCAGGAACUACAACCCACCUACCUGCACUACCAGGGACACCAACUUGAGGCAAAUGAUCUAUAAUGUGAGGCAAUAAUGUACAACUUGAUGCAAUACAGGAAAACUUGAAGAAAAUAAUGUAUAACUUGAAGUAAAUAAUGUACAACUUGAAGCAAAUAAGCUAUGACUUGAAGCAAAUAAUGAAUACCUUGAAACAAAUAAUGUAUAAUUUGAAGUAAAUGAUGUAUAACCUAAAGCAAAUAAUGUAUAAUACAAGGCAAAUAAUUUAUAACUUGAAACAAACAAUAUAAUGUAUAACGUGAAACAAAUAAUGUAUAACAUAAAGCAAAAAGUGUAUAUCAAAAAGCAAAUAAUGUAUAACAUAAAGCAAAAAAUGUAUAUCAAAAAAGCUAAUAAUGUAUAUCUUGAAGGAAAUAAAUUAUAACCUAAGACCAAUAAACAUUUUUGUUUUACGUUGUAAAUUAUUUGCUUCACGUCAUACAUUAUUUGCAGCACGUUAUACAUCAAUUGCUGCAACUUACAUUAUUUACAACAAGUUAUAUAUUAUUUACUUUCGGUUACAUAUUAUUUCCUGCAAGUUAUACAUAGUUUGUUUUAAUUAUACAUUAAUUACUUCACGUUAUAAAUUACUUGCUUAAAAUUAUUCAUUAUUAGUUUAAAGUUAUAUAUUAUUUUCAUCGCGUUAUACAUUAAUUGCUUCAAGUCAUUCAUUAUUUGCUUCAAGUCAUUCAUUAUUUGCUUCAAG